AUGAGUCGGAACACAAGUCGGCAAGACAGCCAGUUUCGCCCGAGCAGCACUGACGACGCCGUCAUGUCGCGCUUGGACUGUCAGACCAGGCUGAUCAGCUUACAGUGCCCAACAAAGGCUCGCAUAACCAGGCGCCGCAGCACGCUAGCGGUCCUCGGCCUCUUCUUCGGAUGGCUGUCCAGUGCGAUGCCAGCUCCGAUCGCCACAGAGCUGCCAUCAGCAGAUCUUAUUCUCAGCAGCGGUUUUGUGCCCACUGAGUCAGCUCUUCUUGAGGUAGGCAGUCGCACCUGCUUUCUCCCUGAUGACAAUCGUGAACAGCUGCAGCGAUGUACGCGCACAGAAAUCAAACAGCAAUGUGGGCUUUGCGGUUGCGAUCGAAUUGUUGCUUGUUACGAUGCGCGCGGAAACAGCUGUCUCCGCCUCCGGGAGUGUGAGGACCCCGUUGGAGGCAAGCGCUGUAUCAAGUUCAAGACAUGCGACAAUGAUGACUACGAUAUGUAUCGAAAAAAGGUCCCUUUGGCGGCAGUCUGCCCUGAAGGUCGACCGCCUGCUUCAAUGUCUCCAUUUGAGCUCAGAUUGCUGGCCGCUCAAAUUAAAACCGAACUGCGCGACUGCGAGCUUAUUAAGCCCAAGAAGCUGUGCCACUACCGGGCCGACGUUGGUGAAGACAUCCUCAUUCAGGGUGCAAGCACGUUCGAGUUUGACAUUCUCGUCAAAAAUUCCCGGUUCCACGACGUCAACCACUACCACUACUUCCACAACGUCAACCACUACCACAACAUCCACUACUUCGACAACGUCCACAACGUCCUCUACUUCGACAACGUCCACCAGUUCCACAACGUCCACUACGUCCACCACGACGUCAACCACUACCACUACUACCACCACAUCCACUACUGCCACAACCUCAACUAUGACCACGACGUCCACAACAUCCACCACAUCCACUAUGUCCACAACGCUCUUGACGUCUACUAUGCCCGCCAUUUCCACGACUUCUGUGACAUCGACAUCGACGACGUCACCUUCUUCUCCUGGCUGGUUUUUAUCAUCCGCUUUGGAAUCUUGUUCUAG